AUGGUUCUCGCAGACUUGGGCCGGAAACUCAACGCGGCUCUCUCGUCUUUCAACAGGGCUCCCGUCGUCGACGAAAAGGCCCUCGAUGCGCUCCUCAAGGAGGUGUGCAAUGCAUUGCUCGAGACAGACGUAAACGUCAAGCUCGUCGCACAACUGCGAUCAAAGGUCAAGGUCAAGGUCAAGGCGUCGCUCGAGAGCAGUGGCGAAAAAGUAAAGGAAACCAACAGGAAAAAUGUGGUACAGAAGGCCGUCUUCGAUGAGCUCGUACACCUCGUAGAUCCCGGCGUCGAGCCAUACAAGCCGAAGAAGGGCCACCCCAAUGUUAUCAUGGCCGGCAACGGUAAAACAACGACAUGCACGAAGCUCGCCGUACAUUACCAGAAGCGCGGCUUCAAAUCAUGCAUCGUCUGCGCGGACACGUUCCGCGCGGGCGCGUUCGACCAGACGCGACAGUCCGCGACGAAGGCCAAGGUCGCCUACUUUGGCUCCUACACCGAAACCGAUCCCGUCGCGAUCGCCGCACAGGGCGUCGCCAAGUUCAAGAAGGAGAAAUUCGAGGUGAUCAUCGUUGAUACGUCCGGCCGACACAAGCAGGAGGGCGAGCUCUUCGAGGAGAUGGUUCAGAUCGGGAACGCCGUCAAGCCGGACAUGACGGUGCUGAUUCUCGACGCGAGCAUCGGCCAGGCGGCCGAGGCGCAAAGUCGGGCGUUCAAGGAUAGUGCGGAUUUCGGAGCCAUCAUCGUGACAAAGAUGGACGGCCACGCAAAGGGCGGUGGCGCCAUCUCGGCUGUCGCAGCCACUCGCACGCCCAUCAUCUUCCUGGGCACUGGCGAGCAUCUCACCGACCUGGACCGAUUCUCUCCACAACCCUUCAUCUCGAAGCUUCUCGGUCUGGGCGAUGUUCAGGGUCUGAUGGAACACAUGCAAGACCUUGCGACGCAGAACCCAGAUCGGCAGAAGGAGAUGGCAAAGAAGCUGGAGGAAGGCAAACUGAGCAUUCGAGACUGGCGCGAGCAAAUCCAGAACGUGAUGAACCUCGGUCCGAUGUCAAAGAUAGCCUCGAUGAUUCCGGGCUUGCCCCAGGAAAUGCUGCAGGGUUCGGACGAAGAAGGAGCGUCGCGGAUGAAGCGUAUGAUCUACAUCACGGACAGCAUGACUUCUGCCGAGCUCGACUCGGACGGCACGCUGUUCAUGGAGGUCGGGAAGGACGGCAAGCCCGUUGGGCUCACGUGGCGCGUGACACGGGUUGCGCGGGGGAGCGGGACGUCCGUGCGCGAGGUGGAAGAGCUGCUGUGCCAGUACCGCAUGAUGGCAAACAUGGCGAAGCAGGCCGGCGGAAAGAACGGCUGGAUGCAGGCGAUGCAGAAGAUGCAGUCGGCAGCGGGCGGGCGCGGGCGGGGCGCCGGGGGGAUGCCGACGCCGGCGCAGAUCCAGGCGAUGCAGCGCGCGAUGCCCCCGGGGAUGGUCCAGCAGAUGCAGCGCCAGAUGCGCAGCGGCGGCGGCCUCCAGGAGAUGAUGAAGACCCUCAUGCAGAGCCAGGGCGGAGACCAGAUGGACAUGGAGGAAAUGCAGCGCAUGAUGUCCCAGAUGGGCUCGGGCAUGGGCGGUCUCGGCGCGCUGGGCGGUCUAGGCGGUGGCAUGCCCGGUAUGGCAGACAUGUUCAAGAUGAUGGGCAUGGGUGGAGGUGGCGGUGGUGGGGGGCGCUAG